AUGAAUGCAGACAGGUGGAUUUUCCCUUUGGCCUUGUGCUUUGUGUGUGUGUUGUCAAACGAUGACUACUUUGACAGUAAUUGUGAGUAUGCAGAUGGUUGUGAGACACAGUCGCUCAGUGCUCUACUUGGAUCCUCGGUGCUCCUCCCAUGUUAUGUUUCAACAAGGAGCCUCAUCGAUGUGGAAUGGGCCCGAACUCCCACUGUGCACGUGGUCAACUUCACAUCUAAAGGCCAGAUUGUGUUCCAUGACCACAGAAAUGGCCGGUUGAAAGUCUUUCCAAACCAGCACUCAGAGGGGAACUACUCCAUCUGCAUUGAUGACCUUAAAAACUCUGACCUGGGGUGUUAUCGCUGUCAGCAUGUCAGUAACUGUCUUCAAGUGGAACUGGUUGCUGAAACAGGUGCAGAGAAAGACAUGAAGCUAUUGAUUUACAUCUGUGUUGGUGGAGCUGCUUUCGUCCUGCUGUGUGUCUGUGCCUACUACUGCAUGCAGUGCUUAUUGUCGUGUAAUAACAGAACACAGGACAAUACGAUCAACCUUGUAGGUUUUGAGGGUGCCAGUGCUCAACCUGAGGAAGCAGGCAGAGUACCAGUAAAUCAACAGCAGGGAGGAGCAGACAAUCUUGUUUACGAAAAUGAUGACCAAGCCCCAGCCCACCGCCAGGGUGACCCCACCAGAAAUCCUUGCAAUACACCUGGAGCUCUGCCUUAUCUGGACAGGACUCAGAACAUUCAAAGCAUUUACCCAGACUUGAACCAGUGUAACUCUGAGACGGUGGAAAGGCUGCCACGUAAACAGAGGUUUCACGCAGAACUCUUCAGCAGAUUACGGCAAGCAAGUCUCAGUCGACAUUAUUAUGUUAACCAAAGUGAUCUCAGCAAGCAACAAGCCUCGUCAACUCAGGCAGGGAACCAUCGCAAAGGAGGUCCCGGGACGAAGAAAGCCAAAGAAAAUUGUGAAUACAAAAACCCAAUUUACAACAGGAGCACGGAGCAGCUCAACCGACUGUAAAGAAUGAAGGACAGCUUAAAUAACUGUGCGCACAUUUUCACUGUCAACAUCUUUUCGCAAUCAUAGUUACUGCCAUCACAGAUUAAAGCUGAUAAAUGUCUCAUUGUAUGUGUUUGUUUUAUAAUUGCAUCGUAUUUCACUGCCUGUUCAUCUAUUAGACAGUGAGUGCUGUUUGCUAAUGUUCAUCAAAUAAAGAUUUUCACAU